AUGCCUGGACGACAAUCACACGGGAGGCCGCUCUUGGCAGCGCCCAAGACGAAAACUAUAAAGCGCUCAAAGUCCCGAUCGCAAAAGAGCGCACUCAACGCCUUCAACACAGCCUCUGAGCAGUACCCCACCAGAAUAAAAAAGACGCCGCGUGCGCGCGAGCUGGACGCGGAGAUUGAGCGGAAGCAUGGCCGUGAUGACGACGACGAAGACGACGACGAAGAUGACGAAGAAGGGCCCACAAGAAAAAAGGCGAGACGGCCAGCUCGGAAUGGAGACGCAGAGUACGGCAGCGACAGUGAAGGCAACGAGUGGCAGCUCGGUGGUAUGGCCGAAGACGACGAGGACUCUGAAAUCGAGAGUGACGACGCGUUCGGUGAUAGCGAUAACGAAAAGUUCGAAGAAUAUCAAUUUCGUGGUGGGAAAUCCAAGAAGAUUCAGGAUGACGACUCGGAGGAUGACUCCAACGACGACGAAGGACAAACACUUGGCGACGAAGCUAUUGAUUUGGCGACCGCUCUAGACCAAUUCGAGGAAGACUCUGACGAGGAAGAGGGCAGUCAGGAUAGCUCUGACGACGAUGAUGAAGACGGCUCCGAUGAGGAAGAGGAUGACAGCGACGAUGAGGACGACGAGGAAGCCGAUCCCGAAAAGCUAAAUGCCCUACAAGGUCUCAUUUCGGGAUAUGGCGGUGAGGAACCAGCUGCCGACGAGAAGCCUUCUUCCAAGCAAAAGAUUGGCUUUGACGAUCUCGGUCUUUCGGGUCUCAACGAUCCACUAAUGCGCAAGUCGGUCAAGCUCAUGAAUAAAGAAGAAAAAGCAAAGCGUCCAGGUGCUGCGAAGAAGUUGGACGUGCCACUGUCCAGACGCGAACAGGGUCGUCUUGACCGCAGUGCGGCGUACGAAACCACUAAUAAAACUCUUGACCGCUGGACGGAGACUAUCCAGUACAAUCGUCGGGCAGAGCAUCUCGUCUUUCCUCUGCCGGAGAACGCCGCGGAUGCCGGCCUCGACCGUGCAGAGCUACAGCCUUUGUCGACUGCCAAACCCGCCAAUGAGCUCGAAUCCGCCGUCAUGUCCAUUAUGGAGCAAAGUGGCCUCAGCUUGGCGAAGCCCCAGAAGCCGAAGAAGGUCGAGUACGACGACGAAGGCAACGAGCUGACGAGGCGGGAAGCCGCCAACCGGCGACGCCUAGAACGCGAACUCAACUCGCGCGAGGCUAAGCGGGCUAAGCGCAUCAAGAAAAUCAAGAGUAAGGCGUACCACCGCGUGCACCGCAAGGAGCGGGAGCGUGACGAGCUCGCUACCAAGGAGGCCAUGGAGGAGGCCGGCGAGCUGGACUCGGAGGCGGAACGUGAGGCGCAGGACCGCCGCCGCGCGCUGGAGCGCGUCGGCCAGCGCCACAAGGACAGCAAGUGGGCCAAGCUUGGCAACAAAACGAAGCGCGCCGUCUGGGAUGACGAAUUCCGCACCGGCUUGACGGAGAUGGCGCAGCGCGACGAGGAGCUGCGACGCCGCAAGGAGGGCAAGCGCGGCGGCACAAACGGCGACGACUCGGAUGCCACAAGCAGUUCGGGCAGCGAUAGCGAUGACGACGGAGAUGCAAAGCUACGACGCCAGCUGGCGGAGCUGGAGCAGGACGACGACGACGAGCCGCGGUCGAAGCUGAUGUCGAUGAAGUUUAUGCAAAAUGCCGAGGCGGCGCGCAAGCAGGAGAAUGAUCAGCUGAUCAAGGAUAUCCGAAAAGAGCUCGACGGUGACGAGGCGAGCGGCUCGAACUCGGACGACGAAGCUGCCGCGGAUGUCGGUCGCAGGUCCUACGGCGACCCCGGUGCCAAGAUCAAGCCCGUCGCCAUUGACCUCUCCAAGAAGAAGCAGGCCAAGAAGACCCGCGCGGCCGCCCAAGAGGACGAGGACGAGGACGACGUCGUCAUCACCACGUCCAACGGCGCAUCAUCCGCCAACGCAGCGUGGGCCGCUCCCGCAGAGGCCGCCACGGCCACGACCGGCGCCUGGUCGCGCGGCGAGAUGCGGCGCAAGUCCAAGGGCGGCAGCACCCGCGCCGAGGAUCUGGACCUCAACUCACACGUCGUCGUAGCCGCCGAGGCCGUCGAGCAACCCCCUAGACGCAAAUCCAAGCCCGCACCAUCCGCCGCCGCCGCCGCCGCCGCCGCCGAGUCCGACUCCGACGAUGACCAGCAGCACCUCCCCAUGGCCGAGCGGGAGCGCGCGCUCGUCGCGCGCGCCUUUGCUGGGGAGGACGUGGUCGCCGACUUCGCGCGGGAGAAGGAGGCCGCCACCGCGGCCGACGACGACCGCGUCGUCGACGCCACGCUGCCCGGCUGGGGCGCCUGGGUCGGCGAGGGCGUCAGCAAGCGCGAGCAGGCACGCAACGCGGGGCGCUACCUGCGCACCGUCCAGGGCGUGGUCAAGCCCAAGGACCGCCGGGACGCCAAGCUAGACAAGGUGGUGAUGAACGAAAAGACCAUCAAAAAGAACAACUUGUACAGGGCCUCGCAGCUCCCGCACCCGUUCGAGACGAGGGAGCAGUAUGAGCGUUCGCUGAGGUUGCCGGUCGGGCCGGAGUGGAUGACGAGGGAGACGUUCCAGGAGAGCACCAAGCCGCGGGUGAUGAUCAAGCAGGGCGUCAUCACGCCCAUGUCGAAGCCGACGAGGUAG